UCUCCUAAUUCUCACUCGCCGGUGCUUGUGGAGGUCGGGGCCCAAGAAAGACUAAUAAGAAGGUUCCCACAGGGGUAGUAGUCCGUCAUUGACGUCGGAUCAGAAUCCAUCUCUCAUCUCUUCAUAGGCCUAUUCGCUUCUGAUACCGAUCCAUGGGUUCAACAGAGAAACAACGCAUGCGGAUUAUUGGUUGAUUCGUGGUCUCUCUUCCUUCUCCGGUCAUCUCAUUCCUUCCCUGCCUCGCCGAGGCUGAGGUUGCCACUAACAAAAGAACCAAACUUUCCAGUUUACGGAACCAUCCUGACUCGUCUCUGGUCGCCGUUCAAGGCGGCUCAGAAGACUUCUUCUUCUCUCAAUAUAUUAAAACUUCAAAACUCUAAUGGCGGCUCGUUUCUUUCCUUUGUCCUUAUCUCGUUUAAGUUGUGUGUGGUUGCAGUUGGUUUUAGAUUCACCCGGGGUGAUAGUGGGGUGAUGGAAGAGCCGAGUCAGUUGAAACGGGCCUUCAUAGAUGCUUCCGCUGGUGCAAUUGCUGGGGGAAUUUCUCGGACAGUCACAUCGCCACUGGACGUUAUAAAAAUCAGAUUUCAGGUUCAGCUGGAGCCUACUACUUCAUGGGCUUUGGUUCGUAGAGAUUUGUAUGGAACAUCUAAGUAUACUGGUAUCUCGCAAGCAGCUAAGGACAUAUUUAGAGAGGAAGGUUUACAGGGUUUUUGGCGAGGUAAUGUGCCGGCACUACUUAUGGUCAUGCCGUACACGGCUAUACAAUUCAUGGUGUUAACUAAAUUGAAGACUUUUGCAUCAGGUUCAUCCAAGACAGAGGAUCACAUUCAUUUGAGUCCUUAUUGGUCUUAUUUAAGUGGAGCAUUAGCAGGAUGUGCUGCAACUGUUGGAUCAUAUCCAUUUGAUCUUCUGCGUACCAUUUUAGCCUCUCAAGGAGAGCCAAAGGUAUAUUCUACGAUGAGGUCAGCAUUUAUUGGCAUAGUUAGAACCCGUGGAGUCCGAGGAUUGUAUGCUGGGUUGUCACCAACGCUGGUUGAGAUCGUUCCUUAUGCUGGCUUGCAAUUUGGUACCUAUGAUACAUUCAAACGCUGGACUAUGGCUUGGAACAGGUACAGAUCGAAAGAUGAAAGCCUCUCAAGCUUCCAGCUCUUCAUCUGUGGGUUAGCAGCUGGAACAUGUGCCAAAGCUGUCUGUCACCCACUUGAUGUGGUUAAGAAAAGGUUCCAGAUUGAAGGACUACCGCGGCAUCCAAAAUAUGGGGCACGAGUUGAGCCACAAGCUUACAAAAAUAUGUAUGAUGCUCUGCACCGGAUCGUGCUGACGGAGGGCUGGGCUGGCCUUUACAAAGGCAUUGUUCCAUCCAUUAUCAAAGCUGCUCCGGCGGGUGCAGUAACGUUUGUUGCAUAUGAGUACACAUCAGAUUGGUUAGAGUCCAUCUUGACAUGACUACCUAACCCCUGCCACCUCCCCCCCACCCCACCCCACCCCAAAGCACAUAAAUAAAAAAAUUAAAAAAAAAAAAAAGGGGGAAAAAUUGCAAUCCCCAUUCUUUUGUUGUGACAUAAACAUCGGUUUAAAAGAAAUGGAAAGGCUUCUCCUCUGUUUCAUUUGAUUUGAAGCCUGUUUGACAAGUUUUUGACAUCUUAGAAAGAGUUAUUUCCCAGGGAAAGAGAAAGGUUUGUAAUUGCCGGAUAUGUUUAUAAUUUGCCGUAGGCUUGAGGGAUUACUGGGUUUGUUGCAUGUCUGGGAAAUGAAUCAUUUACAAUAAUAUAACAGCAGAUUUUGUUUGAUCAA